AAUCAUCCACAGUGGGGUGUUAAAAGGUCACAGAAAUGUGUAUUUUUACAAAUGCCUACUGCGAAUUGCGGAGAAGAGAAAAAAUGAUCUUAGUUUACACCAAAUAAAUAUAAUUUUAAAGGCACUCCUACGAGGCAAAAUUUACAGAUAUGUCUCAUUUCACUCGUUCGAAAGGCCCAUUUUGAAUCACCUAAACUGGUUGAGCGGAUUGAUUAGCCAUUUAGAGGAAGGUACCAUCAGCGGGAGACGCAAAACUCAGCAAAGCAGAAACGGACCACUCAGGAUCACUCACGAUGACCACACCAAUGGGAAGGAAGCACAUAAAUGCAAGCAAUUCCUUUUGAGGGACACAAUACUACAUACGUUAGGGAAACCCUACCUGAGGGGAGGAGACCCUUCCAAAGUGGAGGAAGUAAUUUCAGACCAAUUCGACAUCAUAGUUGAUAUAUUCAAAAGCUACUUAAAAAUUUUGAAUUUCCAUUUUUGCUUUUUAAGUCAAACGAUUUUCUUCUUCAUAGUUAGAAAUUGCCAGUACCUACCGCAUGGACAAAAUUUAUUGUCCAUUUGGGGCAUGUACGUGAAGCGAGUUUUGUCCAGUCACCGCGUGGUGAGUCUGAGUCCGAAGGAGGGGUGUCCACCCCAAAUGGGGAGACACCAACAAAUCGGUGGAGAUUCCACCGCGUAUCUUUUUCCCCCCCCCGUUCAUGAACCCCCAGGGGAAGAACCACUAAUGGUUAAGCUGUAUAGAUAUAAGUACACUCAUCAAAACGUUCAUGCAAAGACGGUGAGAAACUACACCGUUGCUUUUAAAAAUGAGAAAAGGAAGAAAGGGGAAGGAAAAAAAAAACAUCCCUGUAACCCCCUAUUUUGUAAAAAUGGAAAUCUCACUCUUUGCAAAUAUAUGGUCAUGCUCAUUUUGAAACAAGACAAAUUAGCUAGCUACUGCAAGCUGAUAAAAAAGAAAAGGACAAAUUACAAAAAUGCAUACCUUUCAAAUGGCUAUUUGUACAAAAUGAAGAACACAAACAUGGUGUUGGAUUUCCAGUCGACUAAGUAUCUAAUCAAAGUAGGGUUCGUGCAGAAUCGGGCAUUCCUCCGAGGGGAAGGCUUUCCCAAGGAUUUGCUGACGAAUGGACCCUUCCUGCGCAGCGUUUCCAAUUGGAUGUCGAAGCUCAAUGUGAGGUGUCGCCUCCUUAGCGGGGGUAUAAACCGGGAUUCAGGGGCACUCCAGUG